CCACAACAUUCCUACAACUUCUGCAGCUUUCCUAGCUCGCUUCUUAUAAAGGGCAAAUCCUGGCAACAACACUAUUUGUAACACAGGAGCAACUAGAGUUUUUGGACUCCAGCCUCUAACAGGUUUAUUCUUGAUCUGGGCAGCCAGAAGGACAGGACGACAUCUUCAGAGGGGCCUGGCCCUCCGGAAAGCAUGCACCUGGUUCCUGGGGCAGUUAAUCCCACUCAAUUUUGAAACUCCUAAACUGAUAAUCUGGGUCUGAGCUCUCUUGAUUGUAGAUGGAGAGACAUCCACAGAAGCAUUCAGGAAAACUUUGGCUCAAAUCUCACCCCUGACACUUACUGCUGUGCAAUGCUGGGUGUAUGAACAUGGAUGACAAAGAAUUAUUGGAAAACCUCAGGGCAGAUCUCAUUUGCUCUAUCUGCCUGGGCUACUUCACUGACCCAGUGACUGUCAAAUGUGGGCAUAGCUUUUGCACAGAGUGUCUUGUAAAGUGCAGGGAGGGAGCUGAGGACAUACUAACCUGCCCAGAAUGCAGACAAGUCAUCCAAAUCAGCAAUUUGGUGCCCAACAAAAACCUGCAGAAUCUGUCCAUCACUAGCAAAAUAAUCAGACCUCAUUUACUUCAGAGCAUAGUAGGUCUGAUUACCUGUGAUCAACAUGGGGAAAAAGAGAAGCUCUUCUGUGAGGAAGACAAGAGGUCCAUCUGUGAUUCCUGUUUUUUAGCCUCAGAGCACAAGGAUCACCAAGUCCUUCCCUUGGACAGGGCUGCCGACAAGUGCAAGGAGAAGCUCCAGGAGACAUGGAAUAUAUUACAGAGAAAAGAGGAAGAAUUUAAAAUUUCAUUGGACAAUAUGAGAAGGAGAAAGGCACAGUUUAAGGUCAGUGUCUGUUUUCUUGAUGCAGAAAGUGAGAGGCGUAUUUGUCACUCGAAGGCCUUUCUCACCUCUCAUGAGGAAGAAUUCAUGAAAAUGUCCAUUAUAUCAGAAUAUAAGAAAAUGCACCAGUUCUUAUGGGAUGAAGAAUGUAUACACCUGCAAAGAUUGGACCAGGAGUCCAGAGAAAAUCUGUUAGAAAUUGAGGAGAAGAUCGCCAAACUAUCACAACAAAUCCAGAAUCUGCAGCAAAGGAUAUUAAAAGUAGAGGUGAAUUUGGACAAGGCUCCCUUGGAAAUGCUUCAGGAUAUGAAAGACACCUUGGCAAGGAAUGAGGAGCUGCUACUUCAAGAACCAGAGGUUCCUUUACCUUUCUGGAGCACCUGCCCCAUCACUGGCUUAAGAGAAAUUCUCAUGAGCUUCCAGAGGGAUAUAACUCUAGAUCCUGAAACAGCUCAUCCUAAUCUCAUCCUGUCUGAAGAUUUGAAGAAUGUCAAGUAUACAAGUGUCCCCCAGGAUGUACCUAACAACCGAGAAAGAUUUGACUGUGCUCUUACUGUAUUAGGAGCCCAGACUUUCACCUCAAGCAGACACUAUUGGGAAGUGAAGGUGGAAGAUAAAACAGAAUGGUCAGUGGGCAUCUGCACAGAUUCAGUCAGUAGAAAUGGGAGACUCUCCCUCUUAUCCAAGGAUUUAAGAACUCUAGUUGGCUUCAAAUAUGGAAAUGAUUUCUUUCUCUGGAAUUCACAAAAUGGCUUUCAUGAGAGCCCACCUAUUCACAAGAUGGGCAUUUUUCUUGAUUAUGAAAGGGGACAUAUAGCAUUUUAUGACGUCUCAGAUAAAUCCCUUAUCUACAGUACCCCAAACAUAACCUUUCAAGGACAUCUUCACCUUUACUUGUCUCCUUGUUGUCCUAAUAAAGAAAAUAUCCCUGGAUGCCCCUGGCCUAAUCAGGAGAUGCCUAUCAAUAAUUACCAUGGAAGACUCUCACUUAUAAGUGACUGAAAAGUGACACUGCAAAUGACUUUCUAUUCACUCGAAUUCAUAUUGAAAUGUUCAAUAAAGAUAUGUAUGAUUAUCAAACUAUCAGUAAAGUCCAUCUUGUGUAUAUUUGGUAUAAGUCCUAGUGUGUCUCACUUUGUAUCAACAUCCAAUGUGUCCUACCUUACUGACA